ACUAUUGAGAGCUCGCCCCCGUCCAUCUUUAGAAGCGCGCAGCAACGCAGUAGCAGCUUUCGCGCGCCUGGUGCAGUUCUGGUCCACCCCUAAACUCAAAGACAGAGGCUCAACCAGGCAGCGACUGCUCAGAUCAGAAUGGCGGCUCUUUUGGAAUCGCUGCUACUGAAGAAAGUGGAGGCUAACAAGGCCGUAGAAUGGUUAAAACACGGUCAACAGGACAGUGACAGUUUGACCUGGUGUAAACCACUGAAGAUUGAACGACAGGAGUUUGUUCCUUACCUGUUAAACUUCUUAAGAGAGCAGAGCAGCUCCGCCCUUACUCAUGGCCCUGCCACACCUGCCAAAACCCCUAGCCGCCCCGGGGCUUCCCUGCCCGGUUUCUCCAGUGAGCGCAGAGUGGGCUGCAGAUCUACCGGACCUGGGACUGGGUCUCGUGCCGCCAGCCGAGUCCAGCUAUUCUCCCCCACUCCAUCCCUUUCCCCCGGGGCUGAGUUAGAUACUUCCCAAACUCAGUCUGAAUCUCUCUGUUUUCAUGGUGCCAGUCCAAAUGAGAGUAGUUCUUUUUCCAGCUUAGUAAGGAGCCCUGUCCCAGCCUCCACCUUCAGAGCCAGUCCCUCAGAGCGCCGCUCCGCCCAGCGGGCCAGUUUAGGGGACUUCAUGCUGUCCCCUCCAGAUCUUCAGCAGCAUCACCAAAGUCCCAGCUCGGGGGUCCAUCAGCAGUCGCGUGGCCGCAAAAGGACGGGCAUGGCAGUGCAGGGGAGGCAGGGCGGAAGCCGUGGUGGGUUCCAGACUGAGGAGGCGGGGCCGGCGAGAGUCGAGGUUGGUUGGAGGAAAGGAAGGGGGGGAGGAGCUAAUAAGACGGCUGAACCAGCUGUGUCACCGCCAGUGGGUCGUUCUCCACCUCCAGUGCAGCUCAACUUCAACAACCUGGAUGACUUUCCACCGAUGCAGGCGGCGCGCGCAUCACCACUACAACAGGCCAAACCGUCUCGUAGGAUCAACCCAACCCCAGUCAGUGCAGAGCGGCCUCACUCCGGACCUAAGACAUGUUUCACUUCCACCCCGUUCAGCUCCAAGCCCUCCAGCCCUCCCCCAGUCCCAGAAGCACUCAGUGGAGGCCUGGAAGGGGGCAUCCCAACAGCCCAGAACCUGAAUGUUGGUAGCCCCCCUCCCAGUCUGCAGGAGGAGAGGGAACUGCUAAAAAAAGAGAAGUAUAAACGAGCCAAUCAGAUGUGCUCCCCUUUGCCAUCCUCCCUGGACCCCUGUACCCCUACCAAGGCCGGGUUCCGGCCUGGGUCAGGCUCCAAAUUGACUCCUGACACCCAGGGCUUGUGUCCUGACCCUUCUAAGGUCACCUUGACAUCUGAACUGGAUCUUCUGGCUGAUCUCUACUGCGCCUGCAUCUCUGAGAACCUAGUUCCAAAUGUGUUCCUGGAGCUGUUCUUCGUUCUGCAACUGCUGACAUCUAGAACACCCGCCGUUCCAGAGGACGAGGACCUAAGUGUGGCCAAGUCAGAUAUCCUGGAAAGGGGCUACCUCAACAAGGUGCACAACUGUGUUUACUUCUCUGUCCGGGUGCUGGACAAUCAGUUUGAGUUGGUGUCUCACCUGGACAAAGACACCCUGCGUCUGCUGGCUGAGAACGAGAGAGUGAGCUCUUUUUCUCCAUCUCUGAGGGAGCGACUGGCCUUGGCCCAGACCUCCAGCACAGCCAAGGUAUCUGCGUCUGUAGACACCAUCAUCCAUUCUGUCCCUUUCCAGCCGGCCACUGACAACCGCUCUAACUUCAGUAGUGACAAGGCUUUCCACACCUUCAAGAAGCAGAGGGACAUUUUCUACGAGGUGCUGCGAGAGUGGUUGGACUUCCACAAGGAACCAGGAUGGGAGUUUGAAGCUGUUCUGGGUGGCAGGGUCAGAGGUAUGGUGAGUCAACUGAACUCCGCUGGAAACCACUCCCACUUCGCCAGACUCUUCCUCAAGCAGCUCAUGCAGAUGUGUAAAGGUCCCCAUGCUCUGGGCUCCCUUGGUGACGCCCCUGACGCUGAUCUGAUUGACAUGCUGGGAGCAGACAGCCUGGGGCGUCUGAAGCGUCUAGAGGAGCGUUUUAUCCAGCCCCAAGGCAUUCUGGGACCCUGUCCUCCGCCUUCCUUUCCCGGACACCAGGAGUUCUUCCGGGACUUCCUAAGGGCCGCAAGCUGCUGCCAGCUGAACCAGCACCUGAAAGACCGACUGUGUCAGCAGCUCCUGCAGCUGGACGAGGUGUCCAUCCUGGCUCCUGUGCACUCCACUCAAGAGGGGGAGGUGGAGGAGGAGGGAGACAUGGAACAACAGAAUGAGAAGCAGCGUUUCUCCUCUGUCCUGUUGUUAGCUCGUCUCCUGGCUAAGUUCCUGGGUUACGUCUCCUUCCUGCCCUACCAGACGUCUGAGAGGCCUUCCAGGGAGAUUCAGGAGGCUAACGUGGCACUCCGCUCCAAGAGUUCCUCUGUUCUAGAUGUGUGUGCGGUGCUGCGUAGCAGUGUCAUCAGGAGGCGUACUGUCCUGACUGUGCCCUGGCUGGUGGAGUUUCUAUCCAUGCUGGAUUACACUGGGCCCUUCCUUCUCUGUUACCGGAAUGUUCUGGGACUGCUGCUCAGCCUAUAUAGGAGGAUGGCGCUGUCUAGAGGAGGAGAGGUGUGUUACCUCAACCAGAUGCUCUUGGUGGCUGUUCUGGGUUGGCUUUUCCAGAUCCCUGUAAUUCCAGAGGAGCUGUUCUUUUCCAGUGAUUUCAGUCUUGAUGCAGAGCUGGAGGAGAGCCCGAGAAACGCCCAGGGACUGGACGGUCUCGUCUUGGUGGACCAGCAGCUCCUCUACACCUGCUGUCCUUUUCUUGGUGAGUUCCGGAAGCUCCUCGUUGCCUUUGUGGCUGGUAGUUCUGCCAGGGGUGGCGGUCUCAUCCGUAAAAUCACCCCGACCUCUGCCGAGCACAGAGGGGUUCCCACCAGGUCACAGCACAAACUGCAGGAGGACUUAGAGCAGGCCUUUUUUCACAACCAGCCCCCGUCUCUCAAGCGCACUGUGGAGUUCGUAGCUGAAAGAGUGGGAUCCAACUGUGUCAAACACAUCAAGGCCACGUUGGUGUGUGAGCUGGUCCGUGGCGGAGAGAAGUUGCUCAGGGAGGGGUUAAUAUCACCGGGGACCACCCCUCCCAAACUCAGCGACUCCAUCUGUGCCCAGCUCUGUGACCGGGCCCAGCAGUCUCUGGAGAGAGCCACCAGGUUCUGUAGCGAGAAAGGUCCCGAAGCCAUACGAGUUCUUCUUCCUAACGAGACGUCCCCUGCGGUUCUCACCACGUCCGAGAACAUCACCACGCGUCUGGCCACUGAGAAGGCCUGCAGCUGGCUGUCCUCUAACAUCACAGCCCUGGUCAAGCGAGAAUGGAAGACCAUGUUUGACCGCGUGAAGAAGACUUCUCCCACCGAGACCGGGGAUGUGGGAGGGGCGGGGGUUGGACCCGGGACAGGGGCAGGAACCCCGGAGCGGCCACGGACCAAGACCAAGGAGGCUAUAACGUCCUGCCCUCCUGACUGCCCCCACUCCGCCCCUCUGCCGUCUGUUGUCCUGGUGGAGAUUAAGGAGGUGUUGAGUAUUGCAGUUGGCCCCAGGUCAGAAGAGGAUGUGCUGACUGUUCUGCAGUUAAAGGCUCUCCUAGACCGAGUAGAGGAGACACUCCGAUGCAGAAAGUUCUCCUUCCCGAAGCCUGAACAGAUGUUAAUAUGCUGCACUGUCCUGCUAGCCUGCAAACUAGUGUCAGGGGAGCUUCCUCUGUGUUCUGUAAAGCAGUGCAGUAGGCCACAGUCUCCCGGGUCAGGUGCUGUGCAGUCCACUGUCCAAUCCCUGCUGGAGCAGCUGGUGGUAUUGUGGGGGAAACCGUUUGUGUCUGCACCGCCUCUCCACCUGCUCUUCACUGAGAUCACACUGACUGGCAUCCUGGGAGCCAGCAACUCAGAGUGGAACAAUUACCUUUUUCUGGUCACACAGCUGGUAGAGAGAGGGAUUUUGGGAAUGGAGGAAGUGGUCCGUCACUGGGAGAAGCUGUCCCAGUUACCUUGGCCGUUGGAGUUCAUGGAAAGAAUUCAGCAAUGUACCUUUACCAGAUCCACCUCCUUGCCUGCACUGCAGAAAUGCAUGGACAUGCUGCAGGUCUCACACCAACCUGUAGAGGGAGCCAACUGACUACUGAAAGGCAGAACAACUCUUAUCUCUUGGUCAACAAUAGCCAGUCUGUUGAGUGGACAUAAGACAAUACGAGGUGUAUCUGAACUGCUGUUCUCUGUCCAGACCAUGUUGACAUUCCAGGCUCCAGAGGUGUGAAACACUUCCCCGGGCCGUCUGCCAUUCAAUCCCUGUUAUGUGGCUGCCUGUAUGGUUCUGAAAUGAGGUGGGAAUGUUAACCAGAAAGCCCUGCUGCCCAGGACGGGCGGAGCCGCCAGUCAGGGUUUGUCAUGGAUGUUGACUUUACUUUCUGACUGAAAGUGAGGGGUGCAGUAUUAAUAAAGGAAUAAUGGCAUAACUGAUGGACCAAUAAAAAAAAAUUGACUGAAAAUGCACAAAUAAUACCCAAUCCUUUAAAUCCACCUAGUAGACAGUCAAAAAAGUUUUAAAAUAAAUACUAUGUCCGUAUUCUGAAAAGGGUGAUUUGGGAGUUGAAGUUGUUGAUUUGGGUUUGUGCAGAGGAAUCAUUUUACUCUUGCACAACUUUUCUGAUGAUGUGGUUCUAUUUAUUUGUAUUUGACUCAACUGUUUUAACUCCCUUCACAGCCUGUUUCACCGUGCUGAGAAUUCAUGGCCUCUGACUGGCCCUGGUAAUUCUGUGUUCAUGGAUGCUCUUUGCAUUUGUGAUAAAACCUUUAGUUCAUGUUGGACUUACAGUACUGAUUGUGUGCUGUUUGGAUGAUGCCUUUCAACAUUGAAAUAUAGAAUUCCGUAUUUCAGGCAACAAAAAUAAAAGGAAGAGUUUUUUA